AUGAGUACGACAGAGGCAAAGCAAUCGCCGAUGAAACUAAAGUUACGAGUGCUACAUGUGAUUAGGCUAGUUAUAUCGACUGUAGCUAGAUUCUUCUUCAGUCUAUAUUACGGCACAGAAGGAGUUAAAAUUUCAGAGAUAACAGAUGAUAUCCUAAAGCAGCCGGCUGUGGAAGUGGCGCGAAGAAUAAGGAAUAAGGAGAUAACAAGCGUGGAAGUGCUCGAGACGUGCAUAAGGCGCAUAAAAGAUGUGAACUCUGCCCUCAAUUGUUUCGUCGAGGAUCGCUUUGAAUUGGCACUGAAAGAAGCGCGUGAGGCAGACGAGCUCGUUCGAAACGGCACUAUGACGCCGGAGCAACUAGAAAAGGAGAAACCUUUCCUAGGUGUUCCAUUCACUACUAAAGAUUGCAUGUCUGUGAAAGGUCUACAUCACACAUCAGGAGUGGUGUUAAGGAAAGAUGUGAUUGCGGACCGUGACGCCGACGUCAUUAGACUGCUGAAAGAAAAAGGCGCUAUUUUGAUCGGACUCACCAACGUCCCUGAACUUUGCAUGUGGUGGGAAUCUCAUAAUCACAUCUACGGUAGAACUAAAAAUCCGUACAAUACUACAAGAAUCGUCGGGGGCUCGUCGGGAGGAGAAGGUGCUAUUCAAGCAGCGGCUGGAAGUAUCUUUGGAGUUGGUUCCGAUAUAGGUGGUUCCAUCCGCAUGCCAGCUUUCUUCAAUGGAAUUUUUGGACAUAAGCCGUCGAAAUUUAUCGUCUCGAACGAUGGGCAAUAUCCACCCCCAGUAACAGAUCUUCGGAAUUCGUUUCUAGGUACCGGACCCAUGACAAGACAUGCAGUUGAUUUGAAACCCCUAUUGGGAAUUAUGGCUGGAGAAAACAGCACAAAAUUGAAGUUAGAUCAACCUGUUGAUAUAACCAAACUCAAGGUUUACUACCAGGUUAGCAAUAACGCACCUUUGACAGAUCCCGUAGACCCUGACAUUGUAACGGCAAUGAAGCAAGUGGCGACAUUCUUAGAACGGCAACAUAAUAUAAAGAUUGAAGAAAAGAAUAUUAAGUUAUUGAAAAAAUCUAUGCCGAUUUGGAUGACAACAAUGAAAGAAGAAACAACAUUUGAAAAAUACAUUAUGACGAAAGCAGGAGUUGGAAAUAUUAUAAAGGAGAUUUUUAAAAAUAUAAUCGGAUGUUCUGGCAAUACUUUAAUUGGUCUUCUGACGGCACUCUCGGAUAGGUCUGGAGCUCAGUAUGGGACCGAGGAAUAUAAUUAUUAUUUAAAGUUACGAGAUCAGUUGGAAAAGGAAUUCACAGAUAUGCUAGGAGACGAUGGAGUUUUCUUAUUUCCAACGCAUCCAACACCAGCGCCUUACCACAACGAACCUCUAGUGAGGGCGUUUAAUUUUUCUUAUACUGCUAUUAUAAAUUGUCUUGGGAUGCCAGCUACUACAGUGCCCUUGGGAUUAGGACGUGAAGGUUUACCAAUUGGGAUUCAAAUAGUAUCUAACCAUAACAAUGAUAGACUGUGUCUCACUGUGGCUGAAGAAUUGGACAGAGCAUUUGGAGGCUGGGUAGAACCGCAAAAAUCAUAA